AUGCCCUCCUUCGACGAGGCGCUGCAGAGGGCGGGCGAGUUCGGGCGCUUCCAGCGGCGCGUGUUCCUGCUGCUAUGCCUGACGGGCGUCACCUUCGCCUUCCUCUUCGUCGGCGUGGUCUUCCUGGGCAGCCGGCCCGACCACUACUGGUGCCGCGGGCCGAGCGCCGCGGCGCUGGCCGAGCGCUGCGGCUGGAGCCCGGAGGAGGAGUGGAACCGCACGGCGCCCGAGCGCCGCGGCGACGGCCGCUGCCAGCGCUACCUCCUGGAGGCGGCCAACGCCAGCGCCGCCACCCACGCGGGCGCGCUCAGCUGCGCCGACCCGCUCGCCGCCUUCCCCAACCGCUCGGCGCCCCUCGUGCCGUGCCGCGGCGGCUGGCGCUACGCCCAGGCCCACUCCACCAUCGUCAGCGAGUUUGACCUUGUCUGUGUCAACGCGUGGAUGCUGGACCUCACUCAAGCCAUCCUGAACCUUGGCUUCCUGGCCGGAGCGUUCACCCUGGGCUACGCAGCGGACAGGUACGGUAGAAGAGUCACUUACUUAAUAUCCUGCCUCGGCGUUGGCAUCACCGGCGUGGUGGUGGCGUUUGCACCGAACUUCCCUGUGUUUGUGGUCUUCCGCUUCCUGCAGGGUGUGUUUGGAAAGGGGACGUGGAUGACCUGCUACGUGAUUGUGACCGAAAUAGUAGGAUCCAAGCAGAGGAGGAUUGUGGGAAUCGUGAUUCAAAUGUUCUUCACCCUCGGAAUCAUAAUCCUCCCUGGAGUCGCCUACUUCAUCCCCAGCUGGCAGGGGAUCCAGCUAGCCAUAACGCUGCCCAACUUCCUCUUCCUCCUGUAUUACUGGGUGGUUCCCGAAUCUCCCCGCUGGCUGAUCACUCGGAAGGAGGGAGAUAAAGCAUUGAAGAUUCUCAGGAAGAUUGCUAAAUGCAACGGGAAGUACCUCUCGCCCAAUUACUCGGAGAUCACUGUUACAGAUGAGGAGGUUAGUAAUCCAUCCUUUUUAGAUCUGGUGAGAACUCCCCAAAUGAGGAAGUGCACCCUUAUACUUAUGUUUGCUUGGUUCACCAGUGCGGUGGUGUACCAAGGACUUGUCAUGCGCCUGGGGAUCAUCGGAGGCAACCUCUAUAUAGACUUCUUCAUCUCCGGAGUCGUGGAGCUGCCGGGAGCGCUCUUGAUCUUGCUGACCAUCGAGCGCCUUGGACGUCGCAUCCCCUUUGCGGCCAGCAAUAUGAUGGCAGGGGUGGCGUGCCUGGUCACUGCGUUCUUACCAGAAGGGGUACCGUGGUUGAGGACCACAGUCGCUACCCUGGGAAGACUAGGCAUAACCAUGGCCUUUGAAAUCGUCUAUUUGGUAAAUUCAGAACUGUACCCAACAACAUUACGGAACUUUGGGGUCUCGCUGUGUUCGGGUUUGUGUGAUUUUGGGGGCAUCAUUGCCCCGUUCCUCCUCUUCCGGCUGGCGGCCGUGUGGCUGGAGCUCCCGCUGAUCAUCUUUGGUGUCCUGGCGUCUGUCUGUGGUGGCCUCGUGAUGCUUCUUCCGGAAACCAAGGGAAUCGCCCUGCCGGAGACAGUGGACGACGUAGAGAACCUUGGCAGCCCACACUCCUUCCAGUGUCGCCGGAAAAAGAAAAGCCAGGUGUGCAGCUCUCACCUCUGA